AUGGCUUCUCCAAUCCCACGGGGUCUGAAGCAAGUGCUUCAGAAAUCCCCCAAUGACAUCGUCAUCCUCUCCUCUCUCCGCACAGCAGUAACCCGCGCCAAAAAGGGCGGCUUCAAAGACGCCUAUCCCGAAGAACUCCUCGCCAACGUCCUCCGCGCAACCCUAAAAGCCAACCCCAACCUCGACCCAGCUCUCAUCGACGACGUGACCAUCGGUUCCGUCCUGCAGGAGCUCGGCGGUGCCAAGGCGGGCCGCAUGGCCCAGGUCCAUGCCGGAUUCCCCUAUGCCGUGCCCUUCAACACCGUCAACCGCCAAUGCUCCUCCGGCCUGGCUGCCAUCACAGCCGUCGCCUACGGCAUCCGCGCCGGCGCCAUCAACUCCGGCGUCGGCGGCGGCAUGGAGUCCAUGACUCGCAACUACGGAUCUCGCGCGAUCCCCACCGUUCUCUGGCCCGAGCUGAAGGAGUCGUACUCCAAGGACGCGCGCGACUGCAUCAUGCCCAUGGGCAUUACGUCGGAGAACGUCGCGGAGCGCUACGGGGUGUCGCGCGCAGACCAGGACGCGUUCGCGGUGGAGUCGCACAAGAAGGCUUCUGCGGCACAGAAGGCGGGGCGGUUCGAUGCAGAGAUCGUGCCCGUGACCACCAAGCAGAUUGAUGCCGAGAACCCCGAUGCGGAGCCCAAGGAGGUCACCGUCACCCAGGACGAUGGAAUCCGCCACGGCCUCACGCUGGAGAAGGUGGCUGCGCUGAAGCCGGCGUUCAAGGCGGAUGGGUCUAGUACCGCUGGCAACAGCUCGCAGGUCAGCGAUGGAGCCGCGGCUGCGCUGCUGAUGCGUCGUUCGACUGCCGAGGAGCUUGGCUUGUCGGGCUCUAUCAAGGCGCGCUGGGUGGCGACGGCCGUUGCGGGCUGCGCGCCGGAUGAGAUGGGGGUUGGCCCUGCUGUGGCGAUCCCUAAGUUGCUGCAGACGGUCGGUAUCCAGGUUCCUGAGGUUGGAGUGUGGGAGAUCAACGAGGCGUUUGCGUCGCAGGCUCUGUACAGUAUUCGCAAGCUCGGUAUUGACGAGGCGAAGGUGAACCCCAACGGUGGUGCGAUUGCGAUUGGCCACCCUCUUGGUGCUACUGGUGCUCGUCAGCUUGCUGAUCUGCUGCCUGAGCUUGAGCGCAGUGGCAAGGAUAUCGGUGUUGUCAGCAUGUGCAUUGGUACUGGUAUGGGGGAGGCACUAUAUGUCUGCUCUGGCUGCAGACAGCAAACUGUCUCCCACGUUGCAUCACCGAUUGCCAACCAAUUCCGCCGCUACGCCAGCGAUGGAUUCCUCGAGCGAACCCGCCGCCAGCUCUGGAAGACCGAGAAUCCCCCGGGUGCAAAGGAUCCAUACACCGGCGAAUCCCAGCUGAUGCACCAGCCAGAGCCAGAGGCCAAUGAAAAAGAAGACAGCUCUGCGGAUUUCGGCGACGAAGGAACGCUGGCCAAAGGUUAUGAGCAAGCCGAGACUUGGCAUGGACUGAAGAGAAUUGGUUUCGCUCCGGAGAAGGCUUGGAUUUACCACGGCCCUUCCGAGGCGGAUAAGUAUCAACGUCGUGUUCGUCAAGAUACCCCCAGCGCUGCCCAUCAAGUGGCGGUGGAAAUCUGCCUUUUGCAGUUAUGUGGGAAACCAUUGGAUGCCGUCCACACGCUUCUAUACAACAAAGAGAAGAACAUUUUGGCCGAGCAGUGUAUCGUGGAGGGAUCAGAGACCAGUACCCUUCGGUUUCCCAACGAGGAGGUGAAGACCCAACUUGUCGCUCUAUUCGAGAAGGUUGGAGCCGGGAAGAACGCCACCCCUACUCAGGGAGAGAAGCCCGAUACCGUUUCCCUCUCAUUAAUCGACCCAGAAGUCAAAUUCCAUUUUGCCAAACGGUUCUCCGUAUUGACCCACCGCCGCGUCCCUGACAAGGCGAUCAGCUCCUCCUCGAGCGUUGCCCAAUUUGUAGCCGCAAUGACCACCAAGAUGAAGGAGAAGCCCCCGAACGUCAUCCGGAAGUUUGCCAGGAGGAAGAAUGCCGGUGUUCUGCCGCCUAAUAUCCAGUUCUCCGGCAAGCGAAUCAACAAGAACACCGAGGACGAGGCCUACGGUCGCAAGAAGAUUAUCCAUGCCGAGCUCUAUAACCGGGGACUUGUUUUGCCCAAGCGCGGCUCACGCAUGGCGUAA